UCAAAAUGACAUGUUUUCGUGAACUUGGUAAAACUGGUGUUAAAAUCCUAGUUAUUGGACUUGGAUGUAUGGGAAUGAGUGACUUUUAUGGACCAGCUGAUGAGGCAGAAAAGUUAAAAGUAUUAAACCACGCACUCGACAUAAAAUGUGUCUUUUGGGAUACAGCAGUAGGUGUAAUUUUAACCAUGCUGCAUAGUUAG